UCCUGGUACGUCACUCACUGUCGCGUUAUGAGUAUUAAUGCAUGUAGGUUCAUACAGACAGUCAAGUGAUGCGUCGUUUCAGCCUCCUGUUCUGCCAGCUAGACUUUUUCUCUUAGAUGCUGCUUGCUCCUGAAACACGAAUGAAGCCAUGCAAAAAGUGCUUUAUACUUUUUUUGAGCGCAGGAGAAGCAGAUAAAACCAAAAUAAAACCAAGUCAUCUGUAUCCGUCCCAUCCAAAGUUGGAAUAGUUUUGAAUUGGGUGAGAGAUCAGGCGUGAAAGUGUCCUCUCAGAAGCAGCAUGAGCUCUCCACCUCAAAGUACAGCGACAGAGGCUUCGUGGACUAUUGGACCUUCAGAACUGGAGAUGAGUGAAGUUGUGCACAUGCGAAAUGACAGUGUGCGGUUCGGCAGGAGUUCCCCGGCGUCCGCGGAGCCGGCAGUGAUCACUCAACGCCAGGCAUCUCACCUCCAUCCCCGCAUGUCCGUGUACAGCGCCACCCGUCCCACACUCUCCAGAUCCUUCUUACAAGGACGUGCAUAUAAUUUCUUGGAGAGACCUUCGGGUUGGAAAUGCUUUGUGUAUCAUUUUACAGUAUUCCUCAUUGUGCUUUCUUGCCUGAUCCUCAGUGUGCUGUCCACCAUUGAUGAGUAUCAAACACUGGCUAAUAAAACACUAUUCUGGGUGGAAUUAGUGCUGGUACUUUUCUUUGGUCUGGAGUAUGCAGUACGUCUGUGGUCAGCUGGAUGCCGGAGUAAAUAUGUGGGAAUUCUGGGCAGGCUUCGCUUUGCCCGAAAGCCCAUAUCUGUGAUCGACCUGAUUGUGGUGGUGGCCUCUAUUGUUGUAUUGGCAUUUGGCUCUAAAGGUCAGGUAUUUGCCACCUCUACUGUCAGAGGAGUCCGCUUUCUUCAAAUCCUGCGAAUGCUGCAUGUGGAUCGACAGGGAGGAACCUGGCGGCUGCUUGGAUCAGUAGUCUUCGUACAUCGCCAGGAACUGAUCACAACUCUUUAUAUCGGAUUCCUUGGACUUAUCUUCUCUUCCUACUUCGUGUAUCUGGCAGAGAAGGAUGCCGUGGAUGAUAGUGGUUUCACAGAGUUCAGCAGCUAUGCUGAUGCUCUGUGGUGGGGUGUGGUCACAGUAACCACUAUUGGCUAUGGAGACAAAGUCCCUCAGACUUGGAUCGGGAAGACCAUUGCAUCCUGUUUCUCUGUCUUUGCCAUCUCGUUUUUUGCCCUCCCUGCUGGAAUCCUAGGCUCUGGUUUUGCUCUGAAGGUGCAGCAGAAACAGAGACAAAAACAUUUCAACAGGCAAAUUCCUGCAGCUGCAUGUCUGAUACAGGCAUCCUGGAGGUGUUUUGCCUUAGAGAACCGUGAUUCUGCCACCUACAAGUUAUUUGUGAAAAGGAACAUCAGCAGCUCAGUGUCCAGCCCUAAAUUGAAGGUGAAGAUGAGGAAGAAAAUGAAGAUUAAUGAAAAGGAUGAUGGACUGAGUUUUGCUACGGUACCUUCCAUAACCUAUGACUCCUUAGAUGACGGGAAGGACGGCGGACCAGAUACAGUGUGCAGUAUUCAACAGUCAGGGCGGGUGCCAUCCUGGAACUCUCUAUCCUCUUUCCAGUUCUCUUCAUCUCCCGGGAAAAAGCCUGGGAUUUUGGAAGGGCAGUCUCGGCCCACACUCCGGAGGAGCAGCAGCAUCGCCGAUGAUAUGGAAACUGAGCUGGAGCGAGAGAUUUCGCUUGUUCCAGUCACUCAUGUGUCUCAGUUGCGGGAUUCCCAUCGAGCAGCCAUCCGUGUGAUCCAGAGGAUGUUCUACUUUGUGGCCAAAAAGAAGUUCCAGCAAGCACGUAAGCCGUACGAUGUGAGGGACGUCAUUGAGCAGUAUUCACAGGGUCAUCUCAACCUCAUGGUGCGCAUCAAGGAGCUCCAGAGAAGACUGGAUCAGUCCUUAGGGAAGCUGUCUUUCUACCAGACAAGUUCAGAGCGCAUAAAAGACAAAGGCAUAAACACUAUUGGCUCCAGACUCAACAGGAUGGAAGAGAAGAUCACACACAUGGACAGGACCCUGAACAGCAUUGCAGAAUCUCUCAACCUCAUGUUGGCGCGAGAGAGACGAGGAGAUCUGGCCAGAGGGAAGGAACUGCGUAGCAGCUUCCACCGACAAUCGGCCACCUUCAGCCUUUCAGUGCCGUGCAGACAGGACAGCCUGUCCAGCUCAGAGCAACUGUCCACAACAACUGUCAUUCACGAAGACAGCUGAGCGAGUCACUAAAGAAUCACUAAAUCACAGAGUGCCUGAUAUACUGGGUCAGUUUUGGCUAGAAUUAAUAUAAGAGAUUAGGUAUGGCUCGGGUUCAGCAUCAGCUGAUUUUAAAAUAUGGUCUUGUUUGACUAUUCCAUCUUGAGAAUUUGAAUUGAAUUUCUUUUGAUGCAACAAGACAUGGACACAUAUUUUUUAGCAUAUCAUUGUUUGUUCAGUUUUUUAUUUUAAACGAAGGUAUUUCAUACUUUGUGUGAUAAGUUUGACUCCUUCCGUCCACUGUUAAAAUUAAGGGUUCUACAAGGGGGAUUUCAUUGAAGAACCAUUAUUGUGUUCCCAAAAGAACCUUUCAGUGAACAGUUCUUAAAAGAAUGAUUGUUUUGAGUGAAGAACUUUUUAAUAAAUUAAAGAAACUUUUUCAAUUAUAAAGAACCUUUUGUACAGUGGAAGGUUUCCAUGGAUGUUCCAGAUGCCAGUAAAGAACCCUUAUUUUUAGAUGUGCAGAUAUGAACAUUGUGACAUUAUUUGGAGUGUUAUGAAUUGUUGAAUGUUUUUAAAGGGGUAAUGUGACGUUGCUAAAAAAGAACAUUAUGUUGUGUAUUUGUGUAAUAUGUGUUUAUGCAUUUUAAGAUAAAAAAAAACACAUUAUUUUCCACAUAAUGUAUAUUAUUGUUGCUCCUCUAUGCCCCGCCUUUCUGUAACACAUACAUUUUUACAAAGCUCAUCGUUCUGAAAAGCGAGGUGUGCUCUGAUUGGCCAGCUACCCAGUGCACUGUGAUUGGCUGAAUACCUCAAGCAUGUGAUGGAAAUGUUACGACCCUUACCAUACUGUGAUGGCGUCUCCUGGCACGACGAGACAAAACCAAUAAAACCCAUUAGGUCCAGUGGGGACAUAAUUACUGAUUAUAAUGACUUAUACUGUGUUUUUAUGCAUUGCGUUGCGUAUGGUGCCGGGUUAACAAAAAAACAUUUCUGCAUUUGUGAUUGGAGUAAUAACAAACAAGCGCUACUCUACACUGCUUAAAACUCGUGUUUGAAUCAUCAUUGGCAAAUUCUUUAAAUAUAAAAACAUACUUACAGGCUGUGAGUCAGAAGUGCCAGACUGUCCACGCAAAGGUGUAACUCCUCGACUUUAUAGAAGCAGCCUUUGAGCACGGACCCAUUGUAGGCUACUCUGACGGGUUAGGAAACAGUCCUCCAUAAAAUGCGUAACACACUGCGGGCUUGAGUGAUGAACGGCCGGCGGACUUGAGAACGAUGCAGCCAGCAGGUUGCGGCAACCACAUGUGACGACCACGGGCUGAAUUUUGCUUUGUCCUCGUUGAACGCCAAUCCACAGUGCAAGGUUGAUGUAUUUCUUCCGCGAACAGCAUGAAUCAUCUCUAGGCAUGACAAAACAGAUAUCAUCCCCUUUUGGAAGGCCAAACAAAGCAGUUUUGCUUUCACAGUGAAACACACAGCAUCUAUACAACAUGUCGGUGGUGCCAACAACAAUACUACAGCGAGAAUAAAAGUUCUGCCUUCUUUCUUUGUGUGAACAUUUGGCUGGUGUUUUGCAAAUCUUCCCACACAGAGACAUAGAGUUAUGUUUGAAUGAGCGAUUUUGGGGAAGUAUGGACAAGACUUAACUUUUAUAAAAUAUAUCACUUUGGAUUUGAGACUUAAGUCUUUGCAACUUUACAGAUCUUCUUCAUGCACCAAGAGCUUGUAACCUUUCAAAGAGAAAGAAAAAAUGUGAAAUCACAUCAUAUGACCCCUUUAAAUUAUUUCUGUUGACAGGAACAAAAAGUGUGCUCUUUGCUCGUGUUUAUAAAUCACUAAUAAGCUUUUAGAGGCUCACAGAUGUGUAAAUACUGUUUCAGAGCUUGUGUCCUCUCAAUCAGGUUUUUAUUUAUGUUCAUUCACUAAUAUGAAUACUCAUUUUUGUAAAAACAAA